AUGCCCACCUGUGGCCCCUGCAAGGUGUCAUUCCUUCACUUCCGACCUUUUCCUGUUACCAUAUUUACGGUUAUAAUAUAUCUGGCACUGUUCAUACCAUUAUUAAUCAUCCAUUAUGUUCCGCCUACACCACCGCCUAAUGCCUCGUUAAAGGAGUCGAUAGGCGUUGAUCUCGAAGACACAUGGCGGACCCUGGCUGCAAUAACAAAAAAAUACCAUCCAUAUAACUCUCGGGCAAAUGACCAUGUUAGAUCCUUUUUGGUGGACAAGGUUAAUCAGAUCAUUGAGAAGAACGGAAAUAACAAGAGUGAGGUUAUUGAGGACAAUUAUGUCAAUGUCCUCUACACCGGCAGGACCACCGUCAAAAUCUAUUUUGAGAGUUUGAAUGUUAUUGUUAAGGUUCAAGGGAGUGGUGAUUUUGAAGGUGUAGUCGGUGAUGUUUUGGUGAAUGCUCACUACGAUAGUGUCAGCACGGCGCCCGGUGCAACCGACGAUGGAGUCGCCGUUGUCACCGUACUCGGCCUGAUCGACUACUUUACCCAACCAAACAACACUCCUCGCCGGGAUAUGUACUUUCUCCUUAACAAUGGCGAGGAAGACUACCUCAACGGUGCCAUGGCAUUCACAGAACACCCCCUUGCCAAAAAUUGUCGUAUAUUCUUGAACCUAGAAGGCGCCGGUGCUGGUGGACGUGCCACUCUUUUCCGUAGCACUGAUGCCGAAGUCACCAAGUUCUUCAAGAGGGCAAAGUACCCGUUCGGCAGCAGUCUGAGCGGUGAUGCCUUCAAGCAAGGGUUUAUCCGAAGCCAAACUGACUACAUUAUCUUUGAUGGAGAACUGGGUAUGCGAGGUUUGGACCUAGCGUUUUGGCAACCAAGGGCUAGAUAUCACACCCAAUGGGAUUCGAUGGCUUUUACAAGCAUCAAUUCCCUCUGGCAUAUGUUCGAGACAUCUUUGAGUUCUCUUGUUGGCAUGGCCCAUGAUGGCAGUUAUACAUUUGUCCAAGGCUCUGGACGCAAGCAUACCGGUGUCUGGUUCGACAUGUUUGGCCGAGGAUUCGCCAUCUUCCAGAUCGCCGAUACGUUCAUCUGGUCUAUAUGUCUCUUAACAAUCACCCCCUUCUUCAUUUUUGGGCUCUUCUAUCUUCUCGCCAGCUCAGACAAGCUCUAUCUUCUUGCCUCUUCACCAAAGUCAAAUGGACCACUGCCACCAAAAUUAGAAUUGGCUGGAUGUAAAGGCUUCUGGAGGCCAUUUGUAGCCAUCCUCUUCUCCACAUCUGCAGUCGUCGGCACAGCUUUGCUCAUUGCCAAAGUCAAUCCGAUGAUAAUGUAUAGCAGCCAAGAGGCCAUUUGGGUUUGCCUAAUAUCUCUAUGGAUUGUGACGUCUUGGUUCAGUCUUAAAAUUGCAAACUGGUGGCGGCCUUCAGCGACAGCUCGAACCUGGAGUAUCGGAUGGAUCUCAUUCAUUGCGUGGCUACUCCUUGUCCUAAACGCCGUAGCAGAAGAUAGGCUUGACGUUGGUGGGAUGUAUUUCACAAUUUUUUACUAUAUGGCAACCGCACUCGCCUUGGUUUUCUCCCUUCUCGACCUCUUCUUUCUUCCUCCUACGUCUCAUAUUUACGACUCGAUCGCCCACGCCGACCCACUCGAGGAUGACGACCACCGCUCUCUCAUUGCUCCGUCUGUCGAUCACACCAACACACUCUCCCCAGAUGACGAAGAAUCCGAGCCUCCUAAUGAACAAACAUCCCUUUUGCGGGACUCUUCAAAUCUCGGACGUGGUCGCCAUAUCGGUCGCCGCCCCAAUUCUCAUGGUUCUCUUAGUAUCGGUGCAGCGAGUAGUCUUCCCACCAUCGAAAACAAUGAGGACGAUGAACCAUCAUGCUCAUCCACGACACUGUGUGCUUCGCGACAGUAUCCCGGUGAACAAUACUGGUCCAGGUACUUGCCACGAUAUACAUGGUUAUUGCAAGCGAUAAUUCUCAUCCCCGUCCCCGUCAUCAUCACUGCACAAAUUGCGCUGAUCGUGGGAACCUCCAUUGCGCAAACCGGCGCGGAUGGAAACAAUCCAAUCACAGCAUAUAUUCUUUACGCAGUAUUUACAAUCUUGAUACUACUUCCUCUUCAACCAUUCCUGCACCGAUGGACACGCCAUAUUCCACUAUUCCUAUUCUUUGUCUUUGUCGGGACUUUGUUGUACCUGCUCCUAGCGUUCCCAUUUAGUUGGAACAACCCGCUCAAGGUCUACUUCGCACAAACUGUAGACCUGAGAACGGGUGAGAACAGAGUUCACUUGGUCGGGGUCAAUAAAUAUAUCAAAAGCAUUGUGGAGGAGAAUAUACCGAGUGCCUGGGCUCCUGGGGCAGACUUGGUAUGUAAAGAUGACCCCUUAAGACUAGGGUUGCAGAGGUGUUCAUGGCCCGGAAAAAUGCCCAAUGUGGUGCCGGGUUACGAAUCCAAAAAGUGGGCAUCUGUCAACGCUACCUCUUUAGGCGAAAAAGAUGGUCUUAAGCGCGCGAAACUCGAGGUCAGAGCCAAAAACACAAGAGCGUGCAGGGUCAACUUUGAGAAAAAUAUAGGAAAAUGGAUCAAGAACGUUGAUAUCUUCGACCCCACCGGGAAGGGGAAGACCGUGAAGCAUAAGAGUGAAGGGAAAGAUUUUGGAGGUCCUGUUCAGCAAAUCAGGCUUUGGAGCCGUGAGUGGGGGAGGGGUUGGGACGUUGUCGUUGAAUAUGAACAAAAUGAGGACACUAAAGCCGGGCCCGUAGGGGUUGUGGAGUGCCUGUGGAGUGAUGCUAAUGAUGGGGGGAUAAAGGCACUCGAGGAGAUUAAGAGUUACCUACCACAAUGGGCCGUGGUUAGUAAGUUAGAGGACGGGUUGGUUAUUGGGGAGAUUCCGUUCGCGACCGAGAAAGUCAAGGAGAUCUAA